AUGGUCAAUACUUCGAAUAUUCCAGAAUACAGAAUUAUUAAUUUCCUAAUGCCUAUCAAAAAAAAGCUAGUAGCUUUUUAUUUGAAUAUUAUAGAAAUAACAAUAGACCAAGUGCUAAAGAUUAAAUCUAUUCUAAGAUUCUUAAUUCUCAUAGUUAAAACUUUUCUAAAUUUAUUUAAUAAACUUUUCUAUAUAUUCUAUCUUUAA